GAGGACAGCUGGCUGGGGCCACGCCACGGCGAGUGGGUACCCGCCACCCUCCAGGAGCUCAGCCAUGGGGACCCUCAGCCGCCGGCCCCUCUGUCUGACCUUCCUGCUAGCCUGUGUUCUUGCCUCGAUUGCCUUCCUCCACCUCUCGCAAGACCUCUUUCACAACGUCCUGGACCUGCCCGUCCUGUUCAGGGGCAGACGCCGGGCGACAGGCCCUGUGGCCAUCUUCUGCCUGUCUGGCACUCCGGUGAGCGCCAACGCCUCAUCUCCCUGUCUUGCGCACCCGGCCUCCCUCUCAGGAACCUGGACCAUCUCCCCGGACGGCCGGUUCGGUAACCAGAUGGGGCAGUAUGCCACUCUGCUGGCCCUGGCCCAGCUCAACGGCCGCCAGGCCUUCAUCCUGCCCGCCAUGCACGCCGCCCUGGCCCCUGUGUUCCGCAUCACCCUGCCGGUGCUGGCGCCCGAGGUGGACAGAGACAUGCCCUGGCGGACGCUGGACCUGAACGACUGGAUGGCGGAGGAGUACGCCCACUUGCAGCAGCCUUUGCUGAAGCUCAGGGGCUUCCCUUGCUCCUGGACCUUCUUCCACCAUGUCCGGGAUCAGAUCCGGAGGGAGUUCACCCUGCACGACCACCUUCGGGACCAGGCCCAGGAUUUCCUGAGGCGGCUCCGCCUGCCCGGCACUGGGGCCACCCCGAGCACCUUCGUGGGCGUCCACGUGCGCCGUGGGGACUAUCUGGAGGUGAUGCCCCAUCACUGGAAGGGUGUGGUGGGCGAUCGCGCUUACCUCCAGCAGGCCAUGGACUGGUUCCGGGCCCGGCACGUAGCCCCCGUCUUCGUGGUCACCAGCAACGGCAUGGCCUGGUGCCGGCAGAACAUCGAUGCCUCCCAGGGCGAUGUGGUGUUCGCUGGAGACGGGCAGGAGGGCUCCCCGGGCCGGGACUUCGCGCUGCUCACACAGUGCAACCACACCAUCAUGACCAUCGGCACUUUCGGUUUCUGGGCCGCCUACCUGGCUGGUGGAGACACCGUCUACCUGGCCAACUUCACCCUGCCCGACUCCAGCUUCCUCGACAUCUUCAAGCCAGAGGCCGCCUUCCUGCCUGAGUGGGUGGGCAUUAACGCCGACUUGUCCCCGGUCCAGAAAUUGCGGAGGAGUUUUUUUGGAAUAGUCUGACCCAUCCAGAGACAGCGUCACGGGUUUCCAGAGGCCGAGCAGCUACUGGCAGUCCUGCAGCAGACAGGCACCCAUUUCUAGAGUGAUUCUAGUUGGCUAGAAUUUCAGAGAAAGAGAGGCUUUUCAGCGACUGCCUGAGCACUCUAGAACCAGCAGAAAGUAUGUUCCUGAUGGCUGGCAAUGUCUGAGGAGGCUCAUGACAGUUCUGCAAGGCACAACGGCCACCUGUUCUUCCCAGCACAUAUCCAGUGUACUUCUAGAUGACAGUAGUACUUCUAGAUGGCAGAGGGCUCAAGAAUCAGAAACUACUCCCUCUAAUGUUGACUGUUGAGGUCUUUUACGGAAGAGAUGUUUCUCUUUCUUAGGCCCUCAGGACUGCAGGAACUCGUGGGUGUUCUAGAGCAAUCACUAGCCAGCUCCCCUUCUGUGUUUCUGGAAUGGUUCUAGAUGGGGGGGGGCUUGCUCUAGAGAGUGGCAAACCCUGCAGGGCUCUUCCAGAGCAGUGGGGGUCCUGGAGUUCUGGAGAACAUCGGUGAAGAGUUGAGUAUAGGUACAGCCAGAAGCUCAACACGUCACCACUGGCAGAAAGACUGAUGCAAGGCAAACUAUGUGUAGUUGGGGCAGUUUCUGAGAAGAGUGAAACUCUAUCCAACUCAGCCCCUGAAAAAAACCUCACAAAGACUUUAUUUAGCUUAUUCCAGCAGAUAGGCUAAAACGUGGGAGACGGAAGAGAGGGAUGGCUGCAGAAAUGCUGCAGCUUCUGAAGCAAGGCUUUCCAGAAAUUUAAGGAGACUUGUUUUUUUUAAGCUCAAAAACUACCAAAGACAAGCCCUGGCUGGUGCGGCUCA